GUAUGACUGCAGGUGUCUCGGGAAAUUACCUGAGUUGGUUGGUGAGGUGUGCAGUCAGAGGGUCAGAUGGGUUGAGAGGAGGCGGUGGGGUACAACAGGAAUCGGCCUUGAGCACCUUCUUGUUUGCAGUGAUGUUGAACAGGUCGACAGAUGAGGUUACUGUAACAAUGGAGAAUGCUGAGAAGGAAAAGACGGAUAAAUCACAGCAUUUUCCCCAAACUGAGCCGCCACGCUGCCGAUUCUUCUCUCAGGGAAAACACUGCCAUUUUGGCAAGAAAUGUAAAUUUCUUCAUGUAAGAGAUGAUGCAGCAGCGCAGGAGAAGAAAUCAAACAGGUUACCAAUCCAUCAUGAAGGCACACCUGUAACAUCAGAGGCCUGUUCUGAAGAUGUGGGGCACACAGCGGUCGCGGUUCACCGCCGCCCGUGUCGUUACUACCUGUCAGGCCACUGUGCCAUGGAGGACAGGUGUCGUUUUUGGCAUCCAACGAUGUUCCCCACGCUGGACGACACGUCAGUUUCGUCGGUUUCUUCCAAUCAGACCAGAUCAGUUCAGAGGAAACCCCAGGUGCCGCGCCCGGCUGUUCUUCAGGAGGUGAAGCUGUGUGAUCUGACGGAGGAUGUUGGACAGAAGCUGCGGGAGACAGAGAUCAGGCAGCUGAUGAAGCGUUUCCCCAAAGACAAAGUGAUUAUUCAGGAAAGGAGCGACGGGAAAGUCACGUACUACAGAAUGUCAGUUGAAGCCACUGAUCCAGACUGGCCUUUUGACCUUAAAGAGAUUGACAUCAUGGUGAGCUUCCCAGACAGUUACCCACAAGAGAUUUUUACCUUGGAGAUUCCUUUGGACCAGGAACUACCACCUGUAAUGGCAAAACACGUCCAACAGGCAUCUCUGGAGUGGCUCCAGGCCAAACACGCCACCAAUGGGAUCAUGGGAAAAGUAGAGCUGCUCUUCAGGCCUUUUCUCCGUUGGCUGGAUCGCAGUUUGGAGCGGCUGUUCACUGAAGGAGCCCGGCAGUUAAAAAAAGACAUGGACUUAGAAAAGGCUGGACUGCAGUUUAUUCCAUACCAGGAGCUCCAGGCGUCCGUGGGUGAAUCCCCAGAUGAUGAAGAAGAUACGGAGGCAGACACUGAAGACACCAAUGAUGGGAAACUGGAAGAAACCGAGCUGCAAAACAACGGUGGAGAGAAUGGAGGAAAGACGUUGCCCUCAGGUGAAGAUGAAGUUCAGCUGGAGACGGAGGCCGCUCGUCUCGUGGAGAACAUUAAGCUCAGCAAUCCUCGCAGAGGCACCGAGGUGAAAGUGCUGGGACUGAGGCUGGGGGAGAACACGGCCACCGUCGUGGCUCAGCAGAUAUCAGUUUGCUUUCAGUGUAACAGGUGUAAAAUAACCGCGGACCUGACGUUGAGUGGAAGGACAGCGUGUGCAGCUCAGUGUGAAAAGUGCAGCUCCAGCAUCAGCGCCGCCUUCAGACCGUGCAUGCUGCACCAUUACUGUGAUGUUCUGGGAUACCUGGACCUUCACAACGUGGUGCCUUCAGACCUGGUGCUCCAGGACUGUGAACUCAUCGUGGGCUGCCUCAGCUGCUCCCAGGAUACCCUCCUGCAGAACCUUUCCUAUGGACAAACCAGGGAGCUGAACUGUGAACACUGUCACAGUAAACUCAGUGUUCAGGCUGAGAGCAUCAAGUUCCAUUAUCUUCAGCCACACAGCAACAAAACAGGUACAAGUACGGUGAACUACAAGAUGUUCAGAGACCCUGCUGUCCAGAAAGGGAAGCCUCUGCCGGACAAGGGAACCUGCAAACAUUACAAGCAGAGUCAUCGCUGGCUGAGGUUUCCCUGCUGCGGUCGGGCGUAUGCCUGUGAUGCGUGCCACGAUGAGGACCAGGACCACCCCAUGGAACUGGCCACCAGAAUGCUGUGUGGCUACUGUGCUAAAGAACAGCCCUACAAUAACGGGAAGCCCUGUGUCAGCUGUGGCAGCAUGUUGACGAGAGGCGCUCGCACCAGUCACUGGGAGGGAGGACAAGGCUGCAGGAACAAGGUCAAGAUGGCCAGGAACGACCGACAUAAAUAUGCCAACACCAACAAAACUGUCUCGAGGAGAGCAGCCGGAGACAAGAAGUAAACCGGCGGAGGAAAGGCUUCGGUGUUCACUCUGUGAUACACCAGUCACGCUUCCUGUAUCACGGUUUGGAUUAAAUCCAGAAAGGAAAUCGUGUUGUGAGAUAAUCCUCUGUGAGGUAAUUCUCUGGUUUGGGAUUAGAAAUCUGAAGAUUAGCUGUGGAUUAAGACACAGGACUUUGUUCCGUCUGGGAUUUCAACAGUUGUGUCAUUCGAGAAGUUGAUUUGUCCAGGGGGGGAAAAAAAUAAAUAAAUAUGUGAAAUAAAUGAAAU